CCCAGUUCCCAUUUUUCUCUGCUUAGAUCAACCUUCUGCUAAGAAUAAAAACAUGAAAAACCCCAAAAUUCCCAAAGCCAUGCCAUGGAACCUGAUGCAACAAGUCUUCCAUGGCCUUCAAAUUUCAGUUCUAGGCAUAUGGCGCGGGGAUUAAGAGCCAUGAGGAACGAUGGAUGGGGAAGAGGAUAAGAAUAUUUCCCACAUGCCACCAAAAAAUAGCAGCACGAUCCGAGUGAAAAAUGUUCGAUAUUCUUCUGAUGAAAAUGCCAGAUAAAACCACGACAUGCUUAAUUAUAUGCAGCAUAUUCUCAUUCUUUGAUCCUAGUGGGAAGCUAGUUACGUACAUAUGGCUGCUUCCUUCUAGCCUAUCAGAAGCUGGCUGCAACUGUACAGUGAAUUCCAAUGGAGGGAUUAAUUCAAUUCUCUGGUUUCUGCUGUUUGCUUUCUUCAAAAGAAAGAACAAUGCGCCUUCCCUUGACAAGAAGUUCAAGUUUCCAGAGUUGGCCAAAAGGUGUCGUGUACAAGGAUGGUCUACCAGAAACUUCAAGUACUAGAAAACUAAUUCCCGUCAAUGGUAAUAUUGGACCCAAAAGAAGUGCACUUGAUGUUUUGUCUCCUGACAUUUCUACACCAAACAUGGCCGUGGAACUUCUAGAUCAUUUGAAUGAUGAAUAUGAAGGGGUCAUCAUUAAUGCACAGAGCCUACCCUCUUCUGCAAACGCCUUUGCAUCUGCUCUCCGGGAAUCUCUCUUCCAAUGGAGGAUCAAGGGGAAAAAGGGGGUGUGGCUCAAAUUACAAACAGAGCAGGCUGGACUUGUUCCUAUCGCUAUUAAUGAGGGGUUUAACUAUCAUUAUGCUGAAGCAGGAUAUGUCAUGCUCACUUACUGGAUUCCUGAUCUGCCAUGCAUGCUCCCUUCUGGCCCCUCACAUCAUAUUGGCGUUGCAGGAUUCCUCAUCAAUGACAACAAGGAGGUGCUUGUGGUGAAAGAGARAUGUUCUUGUACUUGCUUGGGCGUGUGGAAGUUGCCAACUGGUUAUAUAAACAAGUCGGAGGAUUUAUUCUCGGGAGUUGUCAGAGAAGUCAAAGAAGAAACUGGAAUUGAUUCAACGUUCUUGGAAAUGGUUGCUUUCAGACAUUGCCACCUUGUGGUCUCUGAGAAGUCGGAUUUGCUAUUUAUCUGCAUGCUUAAGCCAUUGUCCUUCCAAAUCACAAUCGACGACAAGGAAAUUGAAGCAGCAAAGUGGAUGGGCGUUGAUGAAUUUAUGAGCCAGCGGUUUUACGAAGAAGACCAGAUGUCGAAAAGGGUGGUCCAGAUCUGCAUGGCCGCCCAUGAGGGCCACUACACUGGAUUCUUGGCCCAUCAGCUCCACUCCAAGUUUGACGCCACAAUUUCUUCUCUCUAUUUUGACCUCUCUAAACUUAUUUAAUUCCACUGCACUACUCUAAAUCAAAUCAAAUCAAAUUAUAUGAUACAAUAUAGUCCUCCAUUUG